AUGACUAGCAAGGCCGAGUAUUUGAAGCGAUACAUUAGCGGGUCUGUUGACGAUAAACGGGCAAAGAAAAAGAAGAAAAGUAAGGUUAAAAUUCCAGUUCGUCAGCCCAAGACUAAAAUUGUGGACGACGAUGUUGACUGGCGGGAGAUUGCGCCUGAAAUAAAGUCUGAAGAUGAAGAAGAGUUUGUGCCAGACGAAGAAGGUCAACCGCAAGUGGUAGAAGUUCUAGACGAGCAAAAGAUAGCAGCCGAGAAGAUGAAAUGGAGACAGAUAGAAAAACAACGAGAAACGUUGGAAGGAGAAAACUCUGAUGAUUCAUUUGAUGACAGACAAAGACAUGACUCAGAUGAGUCACCUCCUAGAAAGACAGACAACUCAUCGAAAUCACAAAAAGAGAGACACGACUCAGACGAGUCACCUCCUAGACGACAGACUGCGCAGAAAAGUGACUCAGAUGAAUCACCACCUAGAAGAACAGACAAGAUACAGAAAUCAUACAGAGAAAGAUAUGACUCAGAUGAGUCACCUCCUAGACGACAAUUUGAACACAAGAGUGAUUCAGAUGAGUCACCACCUAGAAGACGAAAUAAAGAAGAUUCAGACGACUCUCAUCGUAGAAGCACAAGACAAAACAUUUCAGAUAAGUCACCAACGAGAAACAAGAGCAGAAAUGAUUCAGAUGAAUCGCCACCACGAAGGAGGAAAAGAAAUGAGUCAGAUGAGUCACUACCAAGAAAGUCUAAAUGGGAUUCUGACGUGUCAUCUGUUAAACGGAAACAACGUUAUGAGGCGAAGAGAAGAAGCAGUCAAGGUAGUUCUGAUCGCUCACCUUCAAGCACAAAGAGGAGAGAUGAAGAUUUAUCACAGAGAAGAAUGAGGAAGAAAGAUUCUGAGGAAUUAGCAACAAGACAGAAAGGGAGUAGAGUAGAUGAUUUGGGUUCAAAGGCAAGACAGCAGAAUCAAUCUGAACAGAAAAUGAGAAGCUAUUCAGGCAAAAGGCAGUCUCCAGCAAGAAGAAGACACGACUCUGAUGAUUCUCCUCCAAGAAAAGUGAGAAGAGAUCAAAGGUUUGAUGAUGAACAUACAAAUAGUCAGAGAACAAGUACAGAGAGGUCUGAGUUAGGUGACAAGGAUCAACAUAAGUCUACUAAGCACGAGAUUACACAAGACGCUAAUGAUUCUCGUAGAACAAAAUCUGGACUGCAGACAUCUGCUGUGCUGCGCGAAGAGAACAGAUUAGCAAAAGAGAGAGAAAAAGAAAUGUUUGACAAGAUGGAUAGAGGAAUGUCAGGCAGAGGUGCAGACACUGUGUUUCGAGACAAAGAGGGGAGAAGAAUUGAUCCAAAACUGGAGAAAAUUAAGCAAAGACAAGCAGAAGAAGAACAAGCCAGACAUGAGGAGAAAUACAAAAGAUGGGGGAAAGGAAUUGCACAACAACAAAUGAAGGAGCAAGAAGUCGAAGACAUGAUACACGAAAUGAAUAAGCCACUGGCAAGGUAUAAGGAUGACGAGGAUUUGGACAAAAUGUUGAGGGAAAAGGAAAGAUCAGGAGACCCAAUGCUCGAGUUUGUGAGGAAAAGAAAAGAAAAGCGAGAAGAGGGAAACAAGAAGCCAGAGAGACCGAUAUUCAAGGGCUCUUUCCCACCAAAUCGAUUCAACAUUAGACCCGGAUAUCGCUGGGACUCUGUGGACAGAUCAAAUGGAUACGAAAAGGAUCGUUUUCUCAGGAUAUCAGGAAGAGAAGCUUGGAAAGAGGAGGCAUACAAGUGGAGCGUAGAGGAAAUGUGACAAGCAAACAUGUACAUUAUAGAUCGAGGAUCUCAUCGUCACUAUAAACAUUGGUUUGUAGUGCUUUGCAAGCCACAUUCUGGUUUGACAUUUUAAUUAAUGUUAUGUACUUUAAUACUGUCAUAUUGCUAAUGCCUAUACACUUUAGUGUGAGAGACACUUUCUAUGUGUUUCAGUUCAUAACUGCAUGGCAUCUCUCUUGGUGAGUUUGUCAUAAGAUGAUGAAGUGAAGGUUAUGAAAUGAGAACUUGAAUUGGAUGCAUUGAUUAAUGGU